AUGACGUCAGCAGUGACUUGUAACGCGUUUUAUCGUGCUCCGGCGAGCAAUGCGACGCCCUGCGCGCGCCUCCGCUCGCCGUCCCGUUCGGUGGAUAAGACGUGUCGUCGCCAUCUUUUCCGCUCGACGCGCGCACGUCGGGGCGCUCUAGCGCCUUCCGCGAGCGUGGACGACGACCUGUCCGUAGCGUCGUCCGACGAUCGGCUCAUCGUCGCCAUCACGGGCGCAACCGGGUUCGUGGGUAGCAAGCUAGUGGAGACGCUCCUCGAGCGGGGCGCCGAAGUGCGAGUGCUCACGCGAGACGUCAACCGCGCUCGCGCGAAGCUUUCUCCACAAAAUCUCCCAAAGGGCGACGUCGCGUUUGUGUCUCCGGAUAAGUGGCGACGCGGGUUGCUCGGCGCGACGCACGUGGUGAAUUUAGCUGGCGAACCAAUCAGCACGCGCUGGGACCCGAAGGUGAAGGGUGAAAUCAUGGCGUCCCGAGUGAAAACCACCAAGGCGGUCGUCGAACACGUGAAUUCGAUCACAAACGACGCCAAGAGACCUAAGGUAUUGGUGAACGCUUCGGCGAUCGGGUACUACGGGACGAGUGAGACAGAUACGUACGACGAAGCGAGCGGGCCAGGCGCGGACUAUUUAAGUCAAGUCUGCCAGGCGUGGGAACAAACCGCGAGUGGGGUUGAAGAUUGUAGAGUGGUGCUGCUGCGAUUAGGGAUUGUGCUCGAUCGAGAUGGUGGGGCGCUCGGGAAGAUGGUGCCGACUUUCCAAGCGUUCAUGGGCGGGCCCUUGGGCGACGGUCAGCAGUGGUUUAGUUGGAUUCAUAGAGACGACGCGGUGGGGAUCAUAAUGGAGAGCUUGACAAACGUAAAACUUGAAGGUCCGGUGAAUUGCGUCGCGCCAACGCCCGUCCGCAUGCGAGAGAUGUGCGAAUCCCUCGGCGAGACCUUAGGGAAACCGAGUUGGUUGCCGGUGCCAGAUUUCGCGUUGCGCGCAGUUCUCGGCGAAGGAUCGACUCUAGUUCUUCAAGGGCAGAGAAUCCAACCCAAAACCGCGCUUGAUGUGGGUUAUAAGUUCAAGUACGAGAGGAUCGACCAAGCGCUGAAGCAGAUUCUUCGCCGUUGA